AUGGAUUCUGAAAUUGCAAAGAAAAAACAAAGCCUUAACACAGCUGAAGAAAUGAGAAACCAAACCAAACUUGUGAUGCAGCCAUAUGCCAACUGGGAGGAGUAUCUGACUCCUGCUCCACUCUCCAUAGCCAUCCUGGGAGAGCUGGUCUUUAUCUCCUCCAGUACAGAUUUCUCUAUCAACAAGAACCCACCUAAAGAUGGCUACAAGUUCAUCAGAUACCCAGAUUCAUUUCGUGCCUGCCUCAUGCAGGUGUGUAACUCUGGCUGGGGGGCUUUCAAUGAGGCCCAUAAGAACAUGGAUCAGAUUAGACUCCACACCAUGGCAGUUCCGGAUUACAUGAAGAUGGCUGUAAAGAUCCUGUUCCAAGAAAAUAAUGAGAUUGUUCAAGCUCAUCUCCCUGACCAGCUGGCGAAUAUUCGUAUCAUUGCAGAUGACUGUCUUGAGCUGGCAAAUUCAACAGAAAAGCGUUUCUCUGAUGUAAUUAAUAUUAUACAUGAACUACUGGAAGCAUGCGUAAAUGCUCAGCACUUUUAUGGAGAGGAGCUGGAUGCAAUCAAGAGGAAACUGGAGGAGGCCAAGCUCAGGAAACAGUCAUCAGAUGAAGCCAUGGAACGCUCAACUAAAUCAAUGAAGGCCAUAGAAAAGGAAAUGGAGAAAGCACAUAAAAGUUACGACAAAGCAAUGGCUUCACUUCCUAAUGGAUGGGAAAUGAUAGGUAUGGAUUUUGUUGCAGGUUUGACUGAGAGUAUCACAACUCUUCUUAAUGGAGCAACAUCCCUAAUUUCUAUGCCAAUUACCCUAAUCUCUAAAGCUGCCACAAAAAUAUCAAGUAAAACAGAUGACAAUAAAGGUCAAGAAUCAGCUGUUGAUCCUGUUGAUUUAAUUAAUAUUUAUAGCAAGUCUGCAGAAAUGUUGAAGUGCACAGAGAAUAUUCAAAUUUUCAUGCAGGACAACAUAAUUAAUUGGAAAGACUUGUAUGAUCAAAAGAAUAAAGCUGCAGUUACAGAUUUCCAGGCAGACCAGUUCAAAAGAAUCAUUGAGAGUUUAAAAGAAAGUCCAAAUUGCAGUGCAAAAGAAGAUGCCCAGAACAUAUGCAAAGAGGGCAUUGCAAUCUGUGCAGAACUAGCAAAGUAUGCACCAGAGGGCAAAUGUGAAGAUGCCAAAACAAAUGAGUUGGUUGAUAGAAUAAAAAAACUCACUGACUCAGCUCGCCGUUUUGACAGCAAAAGCAAAGAUAUCACAAAGUCUCCUGCCAUGACUCCAACACCACCAAUGAUGAAUAAAGAAGAAAGUAAAUCUAAGAAAAUGAGUGCUUCACAAAGAGCAUCAGAGAAUGCCACGUUUCGCAUUGAGCAAAGCCGCACACAACUGGACAAGACUAGAGAGAUCUAUGAUAAAUGUGUAGAGAACAUGAAGAAAAACCAAGAGGAGCUAACUGAAAUCUUGCAAAUCAUGAGGAACUGUGAGGUCAAAGAAAUAGACUUUAAGACCACUAUACAAAUGCUAAUCAAAGGUAUGGAUGCCAUGGGGAAAGUGAAGGAGCAAUGGGAGAAGAUGGUGCGCUUCUUUCAGAUGGUGUCCAACAUCGUGAAAACCAGCCUGACCAGAACCCUUAAAGAUUUUGCCACAACAUCUGAGAAAACACAAUCACUUUCCUACAGCGCAAAACUCUUCUCCAAAGAUCUGCUCUACAAUCAAGCCUUUCAAGCCACCAACAUAUCCAACCUUGUCCACAUGAUCUCAGGAACCUACACUGAGGUGUCCAACAAGCACAUCAUGGAUCGUAUAAGCUCUCUGGGAAAACUUAUGGCCAUGGACAAGAACAAGCCUGAGUUUCUGUCUGAGCGUCAGAUGUUACAGAACUCCUGCGAUGAAGCACAGAAAGCCAUCUUAGCUCUUGUCAUUAAGAACAAGGAGGAGUUUCAGAACAAGAGUGUUGCAAGAAUGGAGAAGAUUGAUAAAGAGCUACUCGCCAUUCUCCCCGCUGCUGCUCCAGAAAAGAUCAAGAGCAUUCAAGAGGCUGUUAAAAGUGGAUUCACCGAGGAAGAUGAAUCAGCCUUUACAUAAGUGAAUUAACAACAGCAACAACAGUAGCAGUGA